GAUUGAUGACGUCACGAGAAAUAAUCAAGAUGGCGGAGACCGAGCUGAAUGUCGAUAGCUUGAUAUCGCGCCUUUUGGAAGUUCGAGGAUGCAGACCAGGAAAGACUGUUCAGAUGACAGAGGCGGAAGUGAGAGGAUUGUGCUUGAAGUCACGAGAGAUCUUCCUCAGUCAGCCUAUCUUACUAGAGCUGGAGGCACCAUUGAAAAUAUGUGGUGAUAUCCACGGACAGUACACAGACCUACUACGAUUGUUUGAGUAUGGAGGCUUCCCACCAGAAUCCAACUAUCUGUUUCUAGGCGAUUAUGUAGACAGAGGAAAACAGUCCUUGGAAACGAUUUGCUUACUUCUUGCUUACAAAAUUAAAUACCCAGAGAAUUUCUUCCUUUUACGUGGAAACCAUGAAUGUGCAAGUAUCAACAGAAUAUAUGGAUUUUAUGAUGAAUGUAAAAGAAGAUUUAAUGUGAAGCUGUGGAAGACAUUUACUGAUUGUUUCAACUGUUUACCGAUAGCAGCCAUUAUUGAUGAAAAGAUCUUCUGUUGUCAUGGUGGGCUAUCACCAGAUCUCCAGUCUAUGGAACAGAUCCGGAGAAUCAUGCGUCCAACUGAUGUUCCUGACACAGGUCUGCUCUGUGACCUGUUAUGGUCAGACCCCGACAAAGACGUCCAGGGCUGGGGAGAGAAUGAUCGUGGUGUGUCCUUUACGUUCGGAGCUGAUGUUGUUAGCAAGUUCCUUAACCGCCAUGACCUGGAUUUGAUCUGUCGUGCACAUCAAGUUGUGGAAGAUGGGUAUGAGUUUUUUGCCAAAAGACAGUUGGUGACCCUAUUUUCAGCACCAAACUACUGUGGAGAGUUUGACAAUGCAGGAGGCAUGAUGUCUGUGGACGAGACAUUGAUGUGCUCCUUCCAGAUUUUAAAGCCAUCCGAAAAGAAAGCCAAGUACCAGUAUGGAGGUUUGAACUCUGGUCGCCCGGUGACUCCCCCUAGAGGGCCACAGCCACCAAAGAAGAAAUGAUCGUAGACGAAGAAAGGGUGGGGCACCUGCUGAUUAAAGCUGUCUCGCUUUAAGAUGUAACCUUUUGUUGUGAACAAGAUCAAACAUUGACAUUAUCAACAUCUGCCUUAGCCAGCAGAUCCUGUGUGGAGGUUUCAUCUUAAAGGGUGAUCAGCUCUACUUGACCACUGGUAUCAUUGUGUAUGAUAGACUAACUGCCAGGUAGACAACAUCCAGUACUGGAGUAGCCUCUGUGUAAACAUUAUACAUUGUACAUAGCUUAAGUUUUAUGGAGCAUCUCAAGUGGUUUUGUCAGCUCUUAUUUUUAUGAUGUGAAUACAAACAAAAAAGUUAAAAAAGGACAGAACGAAUUUACCACCCUGUAAAUGCAAUGAGAUAUCUGUGAUUAAACAGUGUAUAUAAUGUACAGCGGAGUGCUCCACAGAUCCCCUGUAUAGCAUUUUUUUUUACCCCCUUUGAUGCGCUAUUUUGAUGCACUGUUAGAUUAAAAGAACAAAGUGUUUAUAUAGAUAGUAUGCACUAGAGAGGGUGAAGAUAUAUCUAUGCAGUGUAUGAGAAUGCGUGUGAGUGGAUGAGUAAGUGAGUGCGAGAGAGAAAGUGUGUGUAUGUGCACGCUAGUUUCAAUAUUGAGCAGGUCUGAUACACUGACAAUAAGCAUUAGACACUUUUGGCUUAGUUCUAAGGCUAGUAACUGGUGUUGAAUCCCGAGGUGAUGUACACCACACUGUGGAAUCUUGUGUAAUGUAUUUACAGACCAUUAACAUAUCGCCAUAAUGUAGUUCUUUUCAUGCAAAUUAGUAAUCUUGUAAUACAAAUGUAAUAUGGUCAUCUUCACUGUGCAGACAUAUUAGGGUUGAGAAAUUGAUUGUCUAGUAUACCCGUUAUGUUACUCUUAUACCAUGUAUUCCAAGCCAUAGCUUUUAUGUACCUUGUUAUAGCCAAAGAUUUAAUAUAUAACCCUCUUUUUUUUGCAAUACCUGCUACUACAAGGUUUAAGAAACUAUUAUCGAUGUAAGAUGCUACAAGACAAACACUACAUAGGUUCCAAGGAACUCUGUUCACAAAGUUAUCAUUAAAAUCUACAAGUUUUCUGCUGUAUUUUGAAAAGGUUCUGUUUGACAUUAUUUUAUGGUUUUAUGUGAUACAGUAUGUUAUCGAGGACUGUUGUAGAUUAUAAUAGGUAUUAUAUUUUACUUAAAUGGUGUGGAAUUAUCAAUGUGAGGCGUCUAAAGUCCUAAAAAACCCUGGGCACACCCCACCAAGACCAGUCGACAAGUGUCCCACUAUCACUGGCCUGUAGUUAUGAACGGAAUCUCAAUCAGUCUGUUGAAGCUUCUGAUUUACUGUUUGUUGACAUUGUUGUGGACUUUUAGAAAUUUGACCUAGGUAUAGCAGGGAACUGUGAACAUUCAUCCAAACUGUGCAUUGUUAUAAUGUCAUGACGUGUAGUUACUUUUGAAGACACAAAAGGUUCCAAAAUAACUAAUAACUUUGAGGAAAAUAGAACUCUUCUUUAGUUGCUGUGGUGUUAGGUAAGUCCUCUAUUGGUGCAGUUGUGGACUUAUGAUUUUCACCGUGUUUAUCUGUCCAGUGCUCCUAGGUCAUUAAUUCUGAUUUUCACCUUGUUCAUCUGUCCAGUGCUCCUAGGUCAUUAAUUCUGAACACUUUUGUCUUAAUUUUUGUGAAAACUCACUGAUGUAAUGUCUUAUUAGUUUGAUGCAUAUUCCUUCUGUGUUAGUUCCCAAUAUGUCAAGGUCAUAGUAAGGGACCUAAUGCUGAGUCGUCUCAUGCUUGCCGUAUAACAUUGUGAAUAAACAAAGUAUUGGUUUAUGAAAUGUAAUAGUUGGAGAUUUAACCAUACUGAAAGCCAUAGUCCUAAAACAAGGUCAGGGUUAGGGGUCAAAUUUUGAGUCAUCCUUAACUUGAGCACAGACUUUUAAAUGUUUGAACAGUUUUCUUUAUUAAUCAGCCCUGACAGGUGUCUCAGUGUGUUGUGGUGGGGGACAUGUUUUACUUUGCAACAUUUUAAUUCAAGCGUGGUAUUGGUUUAAUACCAGGUUCACAAAUUUUUAUGAUUAAAUGGGGUUGUAAAUUAAUGGUUAUUGUUUGAAAUCAGCUCAAAUAAGAUAAUAAAUAGUAUUUAUCAGGAAGAAGCUUAACCGACUAGUUGUUAUCAGAACAUUGCCAGGUAGUUAUGCUUAACCUCUGCAGUAAAUAGUGCAACAGGUCAUUUGUUACCCCAGAUUCUUGUAUUUAUUGAAGUAACCAGUGGUUUGGGAUAAGCUAGACAUUUUGUGUGUAUUUUUGUUGUGCUCUGACCCUUUCUGUUACAGGUACACUGUAGGCAAAGCUGGGGAAGGUUGUCAGCAUGACCUUCUUCAUUGUACUAAUCCCUUUGUUAAAUGUUUAUUUAGUUUAUUUAUUUGUAGGUGGUGUGUUAUUUUGUUUGACUGAAAUUACUAUUUGAUCAUUUUUGUUAAAAAAUAGAUUUUUUUUUAGUUCUUUGCUACUGUCUUAAAUACUUGUGUAUGAUUUUAAUGCACACAUUUAGCGAAACUGUGCAGUGUGCAGGAAUUGUGUGAUUCACAUGUACCUACAAUAGUAUGAAAACAGACCUUUUUGUUUUGAGUUAAGAAUAGUUGGCAAAGACGUACUUUUGUGGCCUGUGUACUGAUGAUGUUCAACAUGUAGAAAAAUGACGAGAGGAGACUUAAUUAACAUGUAUCCCUGACACACAGCCCUGAUGAUGAUGCUAUGUAGCACUGCUCACUAUUAGCUACUGACAAUUAUAUUGAGCCUAUAGCUGUAUGCUGUGUUUGAAAUGAGGUUGUAUUUUGUCUGCUGUUCAUGACAGAAUCAGCUGUAAUGACUACAUUGUAUUAUUGGUUUUGUGAGAAAAAGAUCCCGGUCUAUGUUACAAUUUUGUUAAAAAAACCCAGAAAUAUGAAGUCUCACGAAACAUAAGUUUGUCCUUAGCUUGACUUUUGAAUACAAGGUUUAUCUAUGUUUGCGUCUCUAAUCUGUUGUUUUAUGUUGGAAGUAGAACUUGCUUGCAUUUCUUAAACUUGAAUUUCAUACGAAUUCGUUGACACGUACAUAACUGCAGUUUGUACUGCGACACUAAAAAAACGUCCCUGACUAUACAAAAAAAAUCUAUUUCCAACUGUGCAUAUGAAUACGUUGUCACAGGUCUGAUAGGCAUAAAUGUGCUUUUCAUGGUUGACAGCACUUGAGUGAUAAUUGAUAUUUCUGUCGGGUUUCCUGUGAGCAAGCUUGUCUAUUGUAUACAAUCCAGUUGACAUCUUAGCUAGGUGUCUCAGCUGGUUUAAACAUAUAUAUGAUUUUGUUAUAUAUCUUGUCUGUUAUAGAUUUAAAAGUGUGAUCAUCACACCUCUUUUGCAUGUGUUUUGAUUGUGUACACACAAAAUGUCAAGUGAUGAUACAGGAAGUUCCAAAUUGUAGCACAACUUCAACUUUCAAGGUUUGUUUAGUGAAUAUGUUCCAUAAACUGUGAAGAUAUUUUAUAAAAUAUUAACAAAAAUAAACAUAUUUCUGUAAACUGCC